AUGUCUAUCAUUGAAGACACCUCUAUAGACCAAAGUACUUUUGAGUGUGAUGAUCAGUUUCUGAAUUUCCCACCUUUUGAAAAGAUUGGAAAUGGAACUCUUAAUACUCACUUCCUGACCGAUGCUGUUGGUCAAGUUUCCAAUCUUAGUGACGUCCAAACUGUCCAAGUUGCGGGGAAUGAUAAGAAAAAAGUUGAAUUUCGCUUAAUGGACAUCAAUAUGCCAAAUGAUGAGUUUGCUCUUGCUCUAACGGCUACAAAGAAAGACAAGCGUCCGAUCAAGGAUCUAAUUGAUGAUUGGAAUGAUGUUGGUAUUAUAUCUAUCUCUGAAAUCAUCACAGCAACUCAGGAGGAGGAUUGCAAAAUAAUCUGCUCAAUCGAAUCUAUUGAUACGGAUUGGAGCUGGUUUAUUUUUGGUCAUGUUAGCCGGAACAGGUGUAACAAGCGUUGCAUGAGAAUCAAAUCGAAGGGUGGUGGUAAUUUGGCUCCAAAUGAGAAACCAAUAUUCUGGUGCACAACAUGUCGUGUUAAUACCACCACCGUAACCCCACAAUUCAAAUUGCAUCUCACUGUCAAGGAUGACACCAGUACUUGCAAACUAAUGCUUCUUGAUUUUGUUGCUAAAGUCGUUGUGGGCUUUGAGGCUAAAGAUAUUAGGGAUGGUUCCUAUGAAGAGAUUGAAGAUCCAGAUAUUUUGCCUCAAGCUAUAACAGAUUUGAUUCUCCAACUCGAGUCCAACUCUGAGCCUAUUACUCAUGUUAGCUCUGGUUCAUCAAUUAUGUCCGGUGGAGAGGUUUCUAUAAGAGAAAAAAACGAAGCAAGUUCAUCAGAAGGUUCUUCAACGCCAUUUUCAAAGCGUAAGGGAUAA